AUGAGUAAAUAUGUUGAAAUUAGAGAACAAAAAUAUUAUGCAUUUUAUUUCAAUUAUAUACUACUUGAUGAAAAGUUAUUAUCAAAAUUAGAGUCUAACACAGUUUUUGUGGAGAAAAAUAAGCUAGAGCUUCAAAAUAUGACAAUGGAUAUGCUACAAUAUAUCUUGCCAAUGAAUCUGCAAUUGGCCAUUGCUAGUAAUUAUACUUAA